CGGAUCCAUGGGCGGGGCUUAGUCGGUGCCCGCUUCGUUCCCUAGCAAUACGGUCGGUGCUGAGACACUGCAGCAAGGCUGACGGAGUGUACGGACGGGGAGCAGACAUUGAGUCCGGUUAAAAGCACAACAGCGGUCAACGAGUGAUGGCAGCCAUCAGGAAGAAGCUGGUGAUCGUCGGGGAUGGAGCGUGUGGGAAGACCUGCCUGCUCAUCGUCUUCAGUAAAGACCAGUUCCCCGAGGUCUACGUGCCCACCGUGUUCGAGAACUACAUCGCAGACAUCGAGGUGGACAACAAGCAGGUGGAGCUGGCACUCUGGGACACUGCAGGCCAGGAGGACUAUGACCGGCUGCGGCCCCUGUCCUACCCCGACACCGACGUCAUCCUCAUGUGCUUCUCCAUCGACAGCCCCGACAGCCUGGAGAACAUUCCGGAGAAGUGGACCCCCGAGGUGAAGCACUUCUGUCCCAACGUUCCGAUUAUCCUGGUGGGAAACAAGAAGGACCUGCGGAACGACGAACACACGCGCCGGGAACUGGCCAAGAUGAAGCAGGACCCGGUGAGACUGGAGGAGGGGCGGGAUAUGUCCACUAAGAUCUCUGCGUCGGGCUACAUGGAGUGUUCGGCCAAGACCAAGGAUGGCGUGCGCGAGGUGUUCGAGAUGGCCACCAGGGCGGCGCUGGAGGUCCGGAAGCGGAAGAGGCGGGGCGGCUGCCUGCUGCUCUGAGGGACGCCCCCCCCCCCCCGGCCCGCGCCGACGCGCAACCGAGAGAACGCGAGGAGCUGUCCCGACAAACCGCCGUCUUCGUUCUGUAUCGUUCAUUUCACGCUAACCACGAGCGAGGAAUCCGGGGCAAGGAGCAACGCAAAGACGGGACACACAUUAAUCACGGAGUCUGGGCUGCGGCAGGUGUGCGGAACUGACAUUUUUAACCACGCUCUUUCCCCUUUCUUUUUUUCCUUUGUCACUAUGGGUCUUUUUCAUGUUGUUUUUCACCAGCAUAUCUUCCUAUUUGUACAAUGAUGAAAAAAUAAUAAAUGUAUGUAUAUGUGUACACAAAUAUAACUCUAAGUCUCUACCCCCACCAGUAAGGGCAGGUUCCUUGCCUUACGUCAUGUCUCUGUAGUUAGAAACUGACCCUCCUUCCAGUACAGUACAGUUAUUUAGCCAACUGUUUUAUCCAAAGUGACUUACAGUUGAUUAGCCUAAGCAGGGGCCAAUCUCCCCUGGAGCAAUGUGGGGUUAAGGGCCUUGCUCAAGGGCCCAACCGCUACACUGAUUUUAAUGUGGCUACGAUGGGGCUUGAACCACCAACCUGCCAGGUCCCAGUUAAGCAUCUUAGCCACUAGGCUAUAGGCUGCCCCCUUGCAGAUCGUGAUAUCUAAGAACUGGAUUUGUGUGCAGUUCUUGGAGAGGUAGAAUGGGGUUCUGAUGGUUAUGGUUAGGCUGUUUCUCCGGGUCUUCUGGCUGGGCUCAGUGUGAUGUGGACUUCCUGUUCCUUUGUCAGCUCCGUUCUCCGCCCCAUAGGCUGAGCUGUAAUGAAUGUGCUGUCCAACGCACCGUCCUGAAUGAACCAAUCAAAAGACGAGACUCUGGCGAAGUAAUGCUGUGAUUGACUUAAAUCGGUGUCAUGUACAGCACACACUUGGGGGCUCUACACGCUUCAGGGUAUGUCCCAAUACUUGAAAAAUGUAUCCUCCUUUCCUCCCCCCAUACUGGAAGGAAAGGAGGAUAACAAAUGUAUUCAAGUGUUGGGACGCACCCAUUGUGACAUUUAGACCAUGGGGAAGUACCUACAAGAGAAUGGCCUGAGAAUCGUCCCGUGUUUAUGCGUCAUUAGCAUGAACCGCUACAGGCCUCACUCGCUGAGCCGCGCUGUGUGAUGCCCCGACCAUCAUUACCGCCCACAUCACCAGCUGUAGCUACUCUUUAAUGGGAGAGGCAGGAUUUACCAACGAUAACGAUGCAUCACAGGAAGUGCUUCUUGGACGUUCCAUCAGUGCAAGUUCCGGUAGUUUUAUGUACGCGUUUUGCCCUCAGCCUACUGCUCUGCGCCCGACUGCCAAUCCAAACCAAGGUCUCCUUUCAUUCUGACCGCAAUACAUUUUUUCACUAACUUUAUUCAUAAUUUAAAAUCGUCCUUUUUAAAAUAAGAAGUUUCUGUGACUGGCAAAUUGAGUCAUUGAAAUUCUGUAAAAACAUUUCUCAAAUGUAUGGACGAAGCUCAAUUAGUCAAACUGCGUGUUUGUGUGUGUGCGCGCGUGCGCGUGCUGAGAACGCUAAUGAAGACUUUCAGAGCUAUUCAACAUCUAUGAAUAUAUUGGUGUGUUACCAAGUCGUCCAAUACUCAGAUGUGGUCUUGACUCGUUUCCCUGAAAACCUCGCCCAGUGUUUUUCAGGUAACCUUCCUGGUCGUCUGUUCUCGCUCUUUAGACGUGUGUGGAAGUGUGUGCGCUCUGUGCGUGCUGUAGGCUACUGCCAGGUGCAAACCAGAAAAUGGUGUCCACUAGGGGGCGCACUGAGUGGCCACCUUUGUAGAUCAUCGCAUGUGAGAACAGGUUCACGUUUGUGCUCUUGAUGUUCUCCAGCUUAGACAUUUUCUCUAAACAAUCCCAUUGAUACCGCUCAACUAGCACUUCCAAAAAGCAUUCCAGUUUCUUUUGACUAUCUCUCGUCACCUCCGAUCUACCCAAACGGUGUUCAGCUCUAAGCCCCGGCUACAAUGAGGGGCAUUAAGUUGCACAUAGUUAAGACGCAGUAACUGAUAUGCGGUUAGAAAGCCUAUACAAGUGCACGGUGACGUGCAGGUGAGUCUGAAAUCGCUGUCAUUUUUUUUCCUGGACAUUCGCCAGUUUUUUUUUAAAUCUAAAUUCACAUGGCGCUAGUAAAGCUCUAUACGCCGGGAACAUCUAAUGUGACGCAUAAAAGCAGUGACCAGCAACACGCCACAAGACUGCCAGUGCGGGAUGCCAUUUUGAUUUUGCUUCAUUUGAUUUAUGUGAGAUGGGGGUGUCUGGUUAAAGUAGGCUACGACCCUCUUCAAGCCAUACACGACCAAGCAAAAUGGUAGCAAAGUAGGAAAGCUGUUGCUGUGGUUACCAAAGUCGGUAUUGGGUUCCCGGAAGAGGGUAACAUACGGUGUUUUCUGUCUCUUCUUUGUUUAGACAAAGGACCGGUUUUAUAGAAUACCCCGCAUGCUUGUAUGUAUCCCUUAAAAUGAACCUCAUGAGUUCGCGGUUUUGAUUCACACCCAAGGUGCGACGUUCAUUCCUCAACACCGUAGCAGUCGCGUACUUCGCCCAAUCUACAUGCUAGCAACAGUUCAAUAUAACGGAAACCCAACGGAACAACAUCCCGAAGGCUGUAACCAGAAGCCUAUAGGCUCUUAAAAUGCCAAGGAAAAUCUACGGAUUAGGAUUGGACCAUUACCAGGGGAGGACUUUGUGAUGGAAGCACAAAGUUCGUCUGUACAAUACCGCAAUAUUGUCAUACCCAAAAGUUCGCUUACCUGUUCGUGUUGUUUUAUAUCUGUCGAUUUGUCACUGUCUGCAUGGAUGAAACUGUCUGCCGUGCCAGCCACCCAACCGCCACAUUUACUCCAGCUGACGGCUCAACAUCGCGGCUCAAUUUCCUUUCCUCCCUUCAGAAAUGAUUUUAAUAGCGCACAUAAUCAAGAUUUAUAUGGAAGCUGUCGGGAAUGAUGCUUUGUAAAACAGGAACAGUGUUGUGAAUGUUUGAAGUGAACAUGACCGCUGUCAAUAAACUAUUUUUGAAACGGG